UGCAUGUCUUCAAAUGGUUCUGAUUUAUCUGCCAAAGUGCGCGAUAAUAUUCUGUAUAAUUUGAAGCUGGUAAUUAAAAAGCUUCUGUUCAAUGCAACAGCGACACAAACAACAAGUUUUCAGUCCUCGGACGUAACUCAUUCGCUCUGCUAUGUGUUAGAGGCAAUUUUCCUGUUCGGUUUGAAGAGCCCGUAUUCAACGAACAAAGUGGUUGACCCAGCUACGAACACGAAAGUUGUGGCUCCAUCGUUCUGGCCUUUUGUUCUCAAAUUCACGCACAGUGAUGUGUCAACCCAACUAGGCGCUUUGAAGUUCAUUACAAAUGAAACUGGAUUGUGUAGAUCAUGGAUUCGAAUGGCUUUAAAUGACGGUCUAUUUUCGUCCUAUGUUGAACUUAUUUUGAACGGGGAAAUGAAAAUAAGGAAGAAGUUUUACAAUAAGGAGGCCUUUUGGUUUCAGUCGGACCAGGUAGCUAUGAUAACUGGUUUAUUGUUUGGAAUCGACAACUACAAAUUUGAAAUAGCUCAUAAUGUUUCACUCCUUAAUUCAUGGGGUACGACACCUUUAGAGUUGGCGGGAUACUUCAAAGUGACAAACUUGCCUGUUCUAUUUCCGCCUGACUCGAUACCCAAAACUGUUCCGGCUGCAGCUAGCAAAAAACCAGAGGAGACUCAGGCGGAACCUGUAAGAUAUGUGGACCAAGAUGUCAGCGCUACGACUGCCGGAGACUUGGACAUUGUGAUUACUCGUAGAAGAAGAAAGAAGAAGAAUGGGAAGUCGAAAAAGACUUUCAGUACGACUAGUAGCUCCAGAGCUUCAACCGAAUCUUUACAUACAUCACUAGUAGAUAUAGCAGACAGGAGUUCCAAGAAUUUGGAAGGCAGUGAAUUCAAUAUGGAAGAAGAGCAAAGUCAAGCAGGAAGUUCGGUUUCAGGUUCCAAAACGCCUGAUGAUUUGAAUCAAUCGAAUUUGGAGAAAGCUAUUGAGUCUGAGUCUAAAGUCAAGCUUGAAGACGAAGAUACUUUCGACGAUGAUUUGUCACUAGCUAAAGUUACAAUUGCGGAAAGAAAUGACCCUGUUCAAGAAAGAAACGAAAAAGUUCAAAAAGGUGAACCCGAAGCAGAAGAUUCCGGUAGACAAAUGGAGGCUAGAUUUUCCCCGGAACCGAUGGCAGAAGUGUACCAUUUCGACGCCAGCGUGAUGUUUGCUGUGGACGAUGACGCGUCUGCAAUAGCGUCGAUGUCGUCCAUAACAGGAGGAGCUAAUGAUGCUGACGUGAGUGAUUUCUCUCAACGUGUUACUCCAUCACCACCUGGUAAUGUCAUAGCGAAUAGAGACGGAACUUGGACAGAUACAGCGAGAUCUUCUCCGAAUCUGUACGCGUUGAUGGGCUUACCGCAUAUCGGAAACAGAAUCGUGCGUAACGAAAGCACCUCAGUUCCAAGAAUACCGGAAGUUGCCUGUGAGCCUGUGUCGUCUGAAGCUCAUCAAAAUCCAUCGGAAUUACAUUUGCGUGUGAAUAAAGAAGAAAAAUCAAGGGAACCUUCAGGUAGUUCACAAGAUUUUGAACUAAUUCCUCAACCAGGAGUCGAUAAACAUGAUUUGAACGAAUCGAUUACGAGUGAUUUCAAGAGCAUCUACACAACGUUGACCCAUGAGAAAGGCUUGCCGUCUCAGAAUUACAUGUGCAAGGGGUGUAGCUCGCCUAUUGGUACCAUAUACGGCAAAUUUAAAGUUUGCGCUUUUGAUUCGAAAUAUUACUGUGCUCGAUGUCAUUCUGAUGAUGAAGCAGUGAUUCCUGCUUACAUUGUGAACAACUGGGAUUUCACGCCUUAUAAAGUGUGUUGUGCGGCUAAAACAUUCCUAACUGAAGUCGAAAACGAGCCAUUGAUUGAUUUCGAUGUUAUCAAUAACAAUCUGUACGAAUACAUUCAGCCUCUGAGGGUUAUGUUUGAUAAACGAAAAAGACUCAAGUACGCAGCUAAUUAUCUUUUUUCGUGCUCUGAAACGACUUCAAACGAAGUGAAAAGUCGUCUCUGGCCGAAAGAUUACAUGCUGAGUAACUUGCAUCUUUAUAGUGUUCAGGAUCUCCUGCAAAUACAAACGGGAUACCUGCAAACACACUUGCAAAGAGUGCUGGACUUCUGCAUAAGACAUAUUAGCACGUGUGUGGUUUGCAAGCAAAAAGGAUUUAUAUGUGAGAUCUGUCGGGAAUCGGAGAUUAUUUACGCUUUUGAUGUCGAAGGAACGGCUACGUGUGAGAAAUGCCACACCGUCUUUCACAAAAGAUGCAAGUCUGAUUAUGCGCCUUGCCCGAAAUGUGUGCGAAGAGCUAGUUAUACAAUGCACAGAACCAUGGGCUUUGGCGCAGUGGCAUAAACUUGAAAAUGUUCAUUUAGCUUAGAUUUCAGUAGCAAGAAAAUUUUAGUCAGAUAUUCAAACUUUGGGUUCGAUGAAAUCAUUAGUUUGUUCAAGGUGUUUAAUCAAUACUUACAUUGGUUGAUGUUAUUCAGAAGAUUUUAACAAGAAUUUGGUCAAAUCAAAACGGUUAUCUAUUGUUCAUCGUCCUUUAAAAUUUUGAAAGAUUAAAUUAUGGGCGAUAAUGUUAAUGAAAGAAGUGCAUAGCAGAACUUUUUGCAAAAAAAAACAGAUCAAAUAGAGCAAAAAAGUAUAUAUCAAUAGAAUCAGUUGUAUGAAAUUUUCACUGCAAGAAAUGUGAUUGAAGAAGCAAAAUGGCAGAUAACGGUUGUUCGCAAUUGCGUUUUUACAUACGAUCAAGCACAAGGUUUCCGUUUUGUAGCUGGAAUUUGUUACUGAGGUUAAAGAUUCGAGUCUAUAUGUCCUUGAAUGGUGCUGGUAUCUACUUCUUUAUUUUGCAUUCAAACUGAGUUUAUCAAUUAGUUUUAGUUCUUUUUUUCUUCUUUCUGAAUUUAAUUUAUCGUAAAAUAAUAUAAACUAACCGCGAAGUAAAGGAUAUGAAUUGGAGAUUGGAUUGGUCGGCGUGUUCUCAUUUCACAAUUGCGUCUCUUAGAGA